CUUGCUCUCCCAUUUCCUCCUUUCCUCUCUCUUCUCGCUCUCGUCGUCUUAGAAACAUAAUGACCGACCAGACCACUAUCCCUACUUUCAAGCUCGUGCUCGUCGGCGACGGUGGCACUGGUAAAACUACCUUUGUCAAGCGCCACUUGACCGGCGAAUUCGAAAAGAAGUACAUUGCUACUCUUGGUGUCGAGGUCCACCCCCUAUCUUUCUCCACCAACUUCGGUACCAUUUGCUUCAACGUUUGGGAUACUGCUGGCCAGGAGAAAUUCGGUGGUCUCCGUGAUGGCUACUACAUCCAGGGCCAGUGCGGCAUCAUCAUGUUUGAUGUCACCUCCCGUAUCACCUACAAGAAUGUCCCCAACUGGCACCGUGAUCUCGAGCGUGUCUGCGAGAACAUUCCCAUUGUACUGUGCGGUAACAAGGUGGAUGUCAAGGAGCGCAAGGUCAAGACCUCCCAUGUGACCUUCCACCGAAAGAAAAACAUCCAAUACUUCGAGAUCUCUGCCAAGUCGAACUACAACUUCGAGAAGCCAUUCUUGUGGCUCGCUCGCAAGCUUGUUGGCAACCCCAGCCUCGAGUUCGUCGCUGCGCCAGCACUCAAGCCCGCCGAGGUGGAAGUUGACCCACAAUUGAUGGAGCAGUAUUCGAGGGAGUUGGCACAGGCCGAGGCUGUCCCCCUCCCUGAGGAGGACGACGACCUUUAAUCUGCAUGCCCUCUUCACGGACUCUUCGCAUUGUUGUUCGCUCGCCACCUCCUGUUUGUCGCUACGAUCAUACUGUUCAAAUAUAACUACUGUGCAUUUGC